UCAGUGUAUGUGGGAAUGUGUCAUGAAGUGGGGACUUCACAACUGGUUGCCAUGAGGAGAGAUGCCAUGGACAUCUGGGAUACAACGAUAAAUCAACAGAGAACAAAUAAUGAGGACAGUUCAAUGGUGAGUGGAAGUCGAAGAGAAGGAUUCAGAAUGAAGGGAUCAGAUAUAGAUUUAAUGUGCUGGCCAAAUGAUAGGCGUGUGAUUUGGGAAUUAUCGCAGUCUCAGUAUUACAACACACGUAGACAAAAACUGAUCCUCUGUGACUGUUCUGAGAGUCCACCAGGGUUUACUUUGUUAUAUUUACCGUCAACAAACAUGCACACAGAAAUGCGGACAGUUUGUUUUAGAAUGUAUAACAGACAUUAUAUUUCUAGUUCUAAAUACAGACAGAUGAGUUGUCGUUUAAGACCAUAUAUCUCCACUCCACAUGGACCCUGUGCCAGUGGAAAUUGGGGAUCAUUAGAAUGGGAUAAUGCUUUCUGUUUUGUUAGUGACUUUUGGCCUCCGUCUGCAUCCUCAUGGAUAGACAGAUGUCACUCAUGGCCCAAGCCUCAUAUUGUUGAUGAUAUAGUAGAAAAUGGAUGUCACUUUGUAGCAAUCGGACAUAAACUAGGAAGACAUGAAGACCAUGAAUGGAGAAUUUCUUUCUCCCUGGCAGAACAAAAACUUGUAUAUGCUAUGAAUCACUGUCAAUUCUUAAUUUACGGCUUGCUUAAAUUGUUCUUAAAAGGAAUAAUUAACAAUGGACUUGGUGAUGAUGAUAAAUUACUGUGUUCCUAUCACAUGAAGACAGCAGUUUUCUGGGUGAUUCAACAAAAUACAAUACUUCACUGGUGUCCACAAAAUCUCUUGGAGGGUUUCUGGGUCUGUUUUAAACUCAUCCUCAAAUGGGUGUAUGAGGGAAUAUGUCCAAACUUUUUCAUUCCAGAUAACAACAUGUUUCUGAGUAAAAUUCAUUGCAACAAACAACAUCAACUAUUUAUUACAUUGUAUGGGUUGUAUGAGAAGGGUAUAGCAUUCCUGCUACACAGUCCUUUCAUGAGGUCUUAUAUCGUAAAUGUCCUCCAUUACCCCAGACUCUCCAUCUGUACAGAUGAACAUACUCUGAUUUCUGAGGCUAGCUUUGAUGAAAACUUAUAUAUUGAAACACAAAGCCAUUAUGUAUUCAUCGAAUUGAACAUACAAAGGUAUAUUUGGUGUUUACAUACAAUAGAACAGAUAAUAGGUUCACCCCUUCUGACACAGUAUCAAGUCCUAAGGCUACAAAGACUCACAGCUUUUCUCCUUCAGGAAAUUGCUUUUAUAUUACACAUGGAGAAUUACACACAUGAAAACAAACUGAGGUAUAGAGCUGAAAAAAUGUCCUUUCACAUGCUGAAAUUAGCAGUCAAAUUUGGUUGUAUUUCUGACAUGAUGUACAUAGCCAUGUAUUAUUACAAGACACUUAGAUAUAUAGAAGCUUUAUCCAUUUUAGAGAAGAUCAAGGUCAAGUUAGCACAGCCAUAUCUGAUGUAUAGGUUGAAUGCAGAUAAAGACAUGUAUACUGAGGCCGUUGGAGGACAGUCCUGGUCUAAAAAGAUGAAACAGGCUGUAGCAAUGGAUAUUCUUCUUGACAAUAAAAUCCAUUUCAUCAGUGAAUUAAUACCAGAACAACAAUCUUCUCUACAGAAUGGGUGUUUUAUAUCAAUUGUCCCGCUCUUUAUACUGUUACACAUGCUAGAGAUCUUGUGCUGCAGACAUGUAGACACAAUGAGAGCACAAACAGUUCUAGAUGAUCUACAGACCUUAGUUCACUAUGAUGAGGGUCAGCUUCUAGAUCCAAUUCUCAGAGACAUAAUCUGGCAGAUUCUGGGGAUCUGUCAACAGGUGACUGGGAACCUCCAAGCUGCUCUAUACUCAUACCAACAAUCUCUCAGUCAAGAACCAUGCAUCAAAAUACGAACAGCUACACAAAUGAGAAUACAUGAAAUCAGUUUAUGGAAUCAAUAA